CGCCGACGGUCAUACUGUGCGGUCGCUGGUUUGUUUAUAGUUAUUUAGCGGUCUAUUUCUCGUUAAUUUUAGCCAUAACUAACAAUAAUGGAGGUGGAGUUCAGCAAGGAGAACUUUCUGCUGCCGGAGGUGAAGUACGAGUACUUGGACCACACGGCUGAUGUGCAAAUCCACGGCUGGGGAACGAGUCUGAAGGAGGCCUUCGAACAGUGCGGAGUGGCCAUGUUCGGGUACAUGACGGAGCUGGACUACGUGUCCGUGGAGCAGUGCUUCGAGAUCGAAGCGCAGGGCGACGAUCUGGAGGGACUGCUCUUCCACUUCCUCGACGAGCUGCUCUUCCUGUUCUCCUGCGAACCGUUUCUGGUGUGCAAGAAGCUGGAGAUAACCAAGUUCGAUGUGGAGACCUUCGAGAUCUCCUGCCGCUGCUACGGGGAGCCCUUCGAGCUGGGCAAGCAUCCACAGGGCACCGAGGUGAAGGCAAUCACGUACUCGGCCAUGCAGAUCGUCCAGCAGCCGGAGGCCAGCCACUACGAGGUGUUUGUGAUAAUUGACAUUUGAUCCGACUGCGAUCGCCGGGAAUUAAAUGUGACUGUUCUGUUUCAA